ACAGUCGUUGAGGUGGCUACGUAAACGCCAGUAGUUAGUUCCUUUUUUUUUCUUCGACAUCUGAAAAAACUGAAAAGCGUUUGUGUCGCUUUCGAUAUAAAUUCCUUGACAUAAUAAUAAACCAAAUCUAUUUCGGUAUCUAUGUUUUUCUCGAGCGUGAAAAUUUAGUUAAUCGAGAGACGACUUAUGGAUGCGUUUGAAUUUUUGUUUAUUAUUUGGAGACGUAAUGUCGUUGUUCAAUGAUGAUAUUUUGGUACUUUUGUGAUUAAUGUGAUAUGGGCCAAAAUAUCAGUAGCUGUUGUUCGUGUUCUACUGGAAAACAUGCUCAAGGGUGUUACGGAUCUAUUUCUAGUGGGUCAAAAGAUGGAGGCGCACCCAUCGUACCAGAAAGAAGAAGACAACUCAGAAUCAAUAAUAACACUAUCCAACUGGCAUUGGAUAACGUUCAUAAAGAUGACGCUGGCCUUUACACAAUAACAGCGAGGUCACCUCUAGGCUCUGCUUCUAGAGAUGUCGAACUAAGGGUUGGUGUUUGCGAUAAAGACGGUGAUGAACCUCCGGCGUUCCUUAGACGACUUAAUAAUUUGUCCGUCAAAGUUGGAACUAGAACUAGAUUUUUGGUGGAAAUAAGGAGCAAUAGUGAUUUGGUAGUAGAAUGGUUAAAAAACGAACUAAGAAUCAAUGAAGGAGAGAGAUAUAGAUUGGUUAACGAAGGAGGGUUUCAUUGUGUAGAUGUCGCCCCUGUUACUAUUAAAGAUAUGGGCCGAUGGACCUGUACAGCGAAGAACAAAUGUGGACAAGCAUCCAGUUCAUGUCAUCUCAACGUUCUAGUACCAAAGACAUACAAAGCACCAGAGUUCCUGGAAGAACUUCGUGCUCUUCUCACCGAACAAGGUACUGUCUCAUUGGAGUGCAAGGUCGUAGGGGUACCAACACCCACACUCCGCUGGUUCAAGGAUGGUAAUGAAAUUCACGCUGGAGAUGUAUUUGCAUUAACUGCCGAUCCCAACGAUUUGACAUCUCUUGGAGUAUACACGUGCGAAGCUGUUAAUUGUAUGGGGAAAGCUAUUUCCAGUUCCAAAGUACACGUAAUCGAUAAUAAAGAUGCAUCACUUAAGCCAACAGAAAGUUUGCCGACCGGACCUCCACCCAAAUUUACACGAGAUUUACAAGACGAAACGAUAAAAAUAGGCGAUUCAAUAUUACUAACAUGCCAAGUGUCUGUACCUCCUUGGCCAAAAUCGAUUCAUUGGUAUAACUCAGAAGGAAAAAUUGAUGAUCAAAUGCCGGGGAGUAGGUACAAGCAAAUGGCAGAUGGUAUUGGAGGGUAUAUGCUUGAAGUGAAACCGACCGAAGCAGCUGACCAAGGUGAAUGGAAAUGCGUCGCGACUAGUGAAACUGGCGUCGUUUCCAUUUCAACAUGUAAUAUUAAUAUGAUAAUACCAAAGCACUUUAGAAAACCAAAAUUUAUGGACACAUUGAAAGCAGUAUUAACUGAAGAAGGAUUGGUGUCAUUUGAAUGCAAAGUAGUAGGAUCUCCAACACCGCUACUGAGGUGGUUCAAGGAUGGACAAGAGCUUAAGCCGGGCGACGUAUAUCAAUUAACAGGUACCAAUUCCUUGGGUUCUUACUGCUGCAUUGCGAAAAAUUGCAUGGGAGAAGCUAGGAGCUCAGCUGAGUUAACCGUUGAGGAUAUCGAAAAUCAACUAAACGACGAAGAAAGAGAACAACUUAUUACCAAAAGCCAAGCUCCUAAAUUCAUUCAAGGCUUGAAAAGCACUGAAACCAAAAUAAAUGAGCCAUUUAGAUUCACCGUUCAAGUGAGUGUAACUACACCUCUACCAUACAUAUCAUGGUACAGAGAUGAUCAGCCGAUAACGAACGAACCAGAAAAAUAUAUAGUUUUCCGCGAAAAUCUCGGUGUGUGCCAUCUCGAUUUGCGACCCGUAGAACUCAACGAUCAAGCAGAAUGGAAAUGUGUAGCUACGAAUGAUUUCGGCCAUUCGGUUACAUCGUGCUUUUUGAAAAUAAGCAUUCCAAAACAUUUCAGGAAACCAAAAUUUCUGGAAUGUUUACGCGCGGUGUUGUCAGAAGAAGGUGCCGUUAAUUUAGAAUGUAAAGUUAUAGGAGUACCGCAACCGGUUUUGAAGUGGUACAAAGACGGAAUCGAGCUUAAACCAGGUGAUAUACAUAGAAUAACAUCAGGACAGGAUGGUACGUGUUGCUUGGGAACAUAUACGUGCGAAGCCAGAAACUGUAUGGGAACUGUAGCUAGUUCGGCUUCAUUAUUAGGAUUCGAGGACCAAAAACCAAGAAAUCAACACGCUGAAUUGGAACGCCAACUAUCUCUAUCGACCAUUCAGGAAGAGAGAACUUCACAAAUGUAUGAUACCGCUGGGGAUCACUCUAUUACUUUAGCCGAUCACGGAGAAGUAUCUUUCUCAUUUGACGGUAAAGAGGUAUCAGUUUCUUUAUACGAAACUCCGGAUUUGACAGAGGAGGAAGCAAUUCAGGUAGUGGAAAUGUACGCUGAGCAACUUUCUGAGCAUUUUUCAGAACAUAACGUCAUCGAAUUACCACCUCUUAGAUUCGUGAAGGAGUCUUCUCAAUCUGGGAACCUUCUAAUGGAGGCAGUUCUCGUAGACGUUUCCGAAGAUUAUUUCCAUACAGCGGAAGAGGAUUUGAGAACAGAGGCGGAUGUAGAUGAAAUAUUGUCUACUACUAAUGAAGCUACAUUUACAUCUGAGAAAUUGAAAAUAGAAUUAACUUCUAGCGGAGAGUUUCCUAAAAGACCACCCCGUAAAUCUGAUUCUCUAAGAAGUAAUUCGUACUAUAGUUUAACACAAAAUUUAUCCAUAGAUUCGGAAAAAGGCGAUGAAAGCUUAGCAGGUGCUGCUGAAUUAGAUACCGAAUCCUAUGGAGAGUAUGAAAGCGCCAUAAGUUCAGAUAAAAAUCAAAUUUUCGAAGAAAAUGCAUUCAAAGUAGCUGCUAUCACGGAAACAUCAAGUUUGCCAGGAGAUGACGAUAGAAGACCUCUAACACCUCAUACAGCCCACGAAAUAGGGUCCGAUUUAAGAGUAAAUCGAAGUGAAAGCCAAGAAAUGAAACAAAGGAGACGACAAUCAUCUCAAAGCUCGGAUGAAAUGUCCAAAGACGGUUUUAGAAGAGGUGGAGAAAAUGUUAAAAAAGCCAUUAGUCUGGAAAUAUCAGAAGCAUUACAAAGAGAUCUUCAAGGCGAAGAAGGAGAUGGAUUGGUGAUAGAUCCUAAGUUGACAGCUAAUAGAAUAACAGAGCUUUUAGAUGAAGCGAAUAUGAUAAUGAAAAAUUUACACUUGACUUUAGAAGACAUACUUUUAGAUCUAGCUACAGUCCAAGAUAACAUCUCUACUGAGAAGUCUUCGAACACUGCUGCCAGUUCUGAAAUACUUGAAACUAUCACCCAACCAAUUAAAGAUCUUAAAACGAUUUUCGAAACAUUUCAACAAAAAGAAAUACGACCCGAAAUAUAUGUUGUCGAAUUAGUGGCACCGCCAAUUUUUGAUUUACAAAAAUGUCUCAUAGUGGUUGAAAAUUGUAUAAACGUUAAAAGGAAGGAACAUACUUUGAUACAGAAAACUUGUUCGAAUAUAUUAUUGAAGACAGGGAGUAAAAUUCAGCAUGCCUUAAAUUAUGUAGAAAAUAUCGCAGUUUUGGAAAAAGAACUGAACAUAACGCAGGCCACGGGAAGAAUGACACCUUCCAAAAUAAUACAAGAAGUAUGUAUUACCAUUAAGGAAAUGCAAGUCAAAUUUGAUAAAAUGAAUUUAUUAUUGGCAGCAAAACCGCAAAGUCUGUCACAUAGAUCUAGAAGACAUUCCAGCACAGAUAUAGAUGUACUAGAUAAAUUGAUGGAAGCUGCUGAAAAUAUUCAAGAAACAGUUAUCGAUAUACAGAAAAUGAUUACCAGUAAUUCCUCAGAAGAGCAACGUAUUUCUUUAGGUUCAAUUAUGCUAGAGAAAUUACAAGAUCCCGUAGAGAUUUUGAUUAGAGAGAUAAAAAUCAUUCAAAAAGAAGCAAUGAGGCAUACUACUGAAAAGUCUUUGCAACAAGAAGUCCGACGUGCUCUUUUAGAUCAUAUAAGUACCCCAGUUGAUGAUAUUUCAAAAAGUUUGAAUGUAAUAAAAGUUCAGGAUCCAAAUGACAAACAUUCUGCGGUAAUCAAUAUGAAUAUCCUAGAAUCUUUACCUGCUCCCGCCGAAGCAAUAAUUACUUCACUGAAUAGAAUUAAAGCAUCCGUUAAACAAGAAACAGACAUCUCAAAUUCAAACGAGGAAGUUUUUACUGAAGUACUAGAUAAAGUGACAAAACUUGUUUUCAGUAAUAUAUCUCAAGCUAUCGAAGAAUUGUUAAAUAGUAUCGAAACCGCGAGGAAAAAUGUUUCCGAUACAACUAUUUUGAAUAGCUUGGCGCACUUUGCUACCCUGCAAAAUGAUCUCGAGAACACAGUAAAAGAAGCUAGUAAGUAUCAGACUCAUGCUACUAUUACAGCUUUAGAAAAUUUGAACGAACCAAUACAUUUACUCAACAGUUUGAUAAGAAGUAUUACUCCGACUUCAGGAAAAUAUAUUUUAGAAGACAGUGUUAAUUUGCUCGAUGUACUAGAAGACUCUGUUAUAAUAGACGAUACUGUGUUACAAAGUAUGGAUUUAUGCGUCUUAUUUACCGUUUUAAGGAGUAAAAUUUAUGAAAUUAGAGAAAAAAUCAACACAUUAAUAGAACCUGUGACUAGCCCAGACCAUGUCAACGAAGAAAUAGAAAAUACCGAAGAAAAUGAUAUGGUUAUUGUACUUGAGGAAUCUUCUUCAACAGUUGUUCCAAAUUCUUUACUCGAAGACACUAAAAGAGCUCUAGUUCAAGUAAACGAAUGUUGCAUGGAGCCGUAUUUAUCUAUGCUUGAACCAUUUUUGUCAAGAAUAAAUGAUCUUAAUAUAAUAGUUGAUGAUAACCUCCUCUGUAAAUUAAAAACAGAAUUAACAAUAAACGAUAGAACAUCCCUUCAGAAACAUGUUAUUCCUCUAGAAAUUAUAGAAAACUUAAUAAUAGGUUCUUUGGAUUUAUUAGCUGAUCAGGCUGAUAAUGAUGUGCAACGACAACUAUUUCAAACAUUUCAACACCUACAAUAUAAUGUAGCCGUCAUGCAUCAACAGAUAUUAGAUGAAACUCAACAUUUGGAAAUGUUGGUACAAUACGGUGAACAAAAUAUUGAAGAAUUGCGACAGAAAAUUAUAAGUAUGAGAAAAUUUUUACCUAUAACGGAACAACUUUCAGAUGAAAAUAGAGUUAAAGUGAAAGAAAAUAUAAGUGAGCUAGAAAAAACUUUAGCUAUAUUCUAUGAAGUUAGUAUAUCUGAACAAAAUGAACAAAUACCAUGUGACGUUUACGAAACUACAUCACAAAUUCUGGAUCGAAUAGAAUGUAUUAAAUCUAGUCCUAUAUUCGAAAGCAACAAAGUUUUGGUUGAAGAGCAUUUCGAUGUAGUGAAUAAGUUAUCUGAACCACUUGAUAUACUUGAAAAGAAUUUAGAACACAUCCAAAAAACUCAAAUGAACAGAAAAGAAACGUUUGCGUCCAUUCGAGAUCCUCUUAUAUCCAUUAAUCACAUUUUAGAAAUGAUUCCAGAUGAAAUGAAAAUAAAAUUGUUUACAUUAUACAGCCCUUUGAGAAAUUGUAUAGAGAUAAUUUCUUUAGAAUUAUUUAACUACGAUAUACAAACCAGCGAUUUCCCAGAUUUGUUACGUAUUUCAGAAUCAUUACAUACCCUAACAUUUUCAAUACCUUCCAGCAGUGAUCUUAAUGAAUUAUCUACAAUCAUUGAAGAAAUAAUUCCAAACGCUAUGGAACUUCUAACUGUGUUAAAACAAAUUGAAAACGAUAGACUUAAACAAAUCGUGAAUUCUUUAGUUGAUUUUGUUGGUGCUAUAUUGGAGCUACAUGAUCAUAUACGCGAUGAAGACAAUGAUCAGAAUGAACAUUUACAAACGUUGAAAACCAAAAUUAACUUAAUGAGAUCUAGAAUACCAGAAAAUAUUUGGAAAGAAUUGCAAGGUAUGGUGGAAGUGACUCAACUUCUAUUUUCAAAAUAUAUGAAAGAAAGUGUUCUGCUUAUAGAGGCUGAGAAUAUUUUAGAACAAUUAGAUACAGUAAUAGAAAAUAUUUCAAAUAAUGAAUUUUUGCUAUCAGAUUUCAGUACAUUAGAAUCAUUGAAAGAAUCUACUGAUAACUUCGUGAUCACUUCCGAUACGGACAUUCUGUUUGCUGAAUCAAUACGAAGUGUUGUUCUAAAUUUAUCAAAUUAUAUGAAAGAAAAUAUUCAAGACCCCAAUACUUUAUUAGAACCUGCCCCAGGUAAAGGGAUAACAGACAAGUUACAAUGUCUAGAAGAUAAUAUCAAAAUAUUUUCAGAAACUUACUCAUCCACUGUCAAACCGCCUUUACUAAAUGCUUUACAAAUAAUAAGUAACGGAUGCUCUUCAUUGGUCCCAGGAAAGCUGCAAGUAGAGAAAUCUCAUCACAUUAUUGACAUUACAAAUAAUAUUUUACGUGGUUUGUUAAAUUCAGAAGAAGGGUUAUUGGAAGACAAUCUGUUAUUACUGGAAAAUGAAUUUAUGAUUGGACAUGAUGUUCCUAGAGAGCUUUGGGAAGCUCUAAAAAAUGUAUUAACUUUACUAACAAUAGAACAGAAAAAAAUGACGAUAAUAUCAAAACUUAGACAUUUGGAAUUGAAAUUAACAAACAUACAAAAGUUAUUAGUGGGUCCUAUCCAAAAAGCCAUUAUUCAAACUACAUACGAAGAUCUGUUGAAUAUACUCGAAGGAAUUGGAGGUUAUAAUAAUGGGGAAGGAAUGGAAUUCGCUCUACUAAUAAUUGAACAAUUAGAAGACCUGGUUGAACAUUCUCGAGAUAAUUUAGAAAAUAAUAUAGUUACAGUACUAGAUACUGAAUAUUUAGAUGAAAUGUUUAGAAACUCACCAUUUGCCGAAGAAGAUACGAUUGGAAGAUUACAAAACUUGGUUAAACUAUUGAAAAAAUUGAAUGAGGAACUGGUCGAACAACAAUUGAAUCUCGAGUAUUUAAAUUUAAUAAAAGAAUUGUUGUUAUUACCUAAAGUAAGAGGUUAUCAAAUUUAUAGUGAUUUAAUUCAGCAUACUGAGAGUUUGAUGAAUAAUAUAACUAAUAUAGUUCAUGACAUAGAAAAAAGUGAAUCUUCCAAAGCUAUACGUGAAUUAUUAAACAGCAUAAACUCCUCCUUAGAAGAGGUAUUACUUAGGGACGAUCCAAAUUCGUUAGAUGAAUUUAAGCUAAGCAUAGAAAAAAUAAAUUUAAGAUUAGGUCGUACCGAUUUUCCGGAAAAUAAAAAAGCUGCAGUAACAGUUAGUGUAGAAUCAUUAAAGGCAGAGAUUAAUAAGAUUAAAUCUAUUAAUCGAAGUAAAGCUAAUUUCAAUGAUAUUUUGAUUAAUAUCAAAAAAAUAGAAAAUGUACAAAUCAGAGAUGAUUUUUCUGAUAAAAUAAAGAAGCUAGUAGAACACUUAGAGAAAUUGGAUUGUGAACAGGUUUAUACAUUAGAAAAAUAUUCAGGAACCUUAAACCAAGUACUUCUAGAUAUAUCCAAUCAAGAGAAUUUUGAUUUAAUUGAUCGAUUAGAGGAGCAACUUAAAAAUAAAUACAUAGGAAAAGAAAUUUUCGAACUUAUUCAAAAUAUUGAUACUUCUAUAAAGAAUAUAAUGCCAAAACAAUCUUCCGAUACAAUGGAAUCACCACAAAUGGAGCAGUUGCUUGAAACCAUGAAGUUAUUUGAUGACAUCGAAACAAAACUCAAUAUUGAACUUAAGCAAGCCGUAGAAAGUGUUAUACAAAUUGCGGGAACAGUUCCAAAAGAUGAUUAUCUAAACAAAGACGUUAAUAAGAUGUUAGAUCAUUUAAAUUUGCUUAUAAAGUUAUUAUUGAAUGAGGAAUCAUUCGAUUAUUCACAAUGUAAAUCUAAAUUAACUGAAAUUAAGGAAAGCAUAAGAAAUCUUCCACAACUAUCUUCAUGUAUAAAUAAUUUGAUUAGUAUAACUAUAGCAAAUUUAGAAACUAAACGUUAUAUUGCAAUAAAAAAUAUACUUACGAAACAACUUAAUAACUUACAAGACGUUUGUGAGAGGUAUAAGAUAAAAAAAUGUCAUAAAAAUAUCUUACCCGACAGUUUAUCUUACACAAUACCACUUAUUUUAGAAGAUAUACCCAAAGUGAAUAUUGUGAAUGAAAACGAAGUUGCGUUUAUCGAAAAUUGUAUUAUUAUGAUUGAAACACUGAACGAUUUUAUUAUAUCUGAGCAAUAUAAUAUAACUGAAGAAUAUAUUAGGAUAAUAUCUAAGUUCUUAGAACAUAAUAAGCUAAAUACUACAGUCCCUUUCAUAAAAACAUUGCAGCUUUUGAUAAGCAAAAGUCUGUUUAUUCUCAAAGAUAUUCGUGAAAUAGAAAAACAAAACGAAAAUACUAAAAUGGAGAAUAUACAAUUAGCAACUGAUUCGAUGCAGAAUUUGACAAAAAAUAUUGCGGCAAUAAAAUACAAAUCAGUUGAUAAAGAUAAAAUAAUUGAAUUGCAUAAAUGUUCCUAUGCAUUGCAAACAAAUAUUCACGAUUUGAUAGAGAAGCCUUUGAAUGAAAAUGACAAUAAAUUUUUGGAAAAUAUGAGCAAAAUAUUCGGCGAGAUUGAUACUUUCAUCAACGAAAAAUUAAUUACUGACAGUAGUGCACAAGUUCGAUUCAAUCAAAUAUCAAUAUUCAUAAAUAUUUUGAAAGAAGCAUCUAAGAGUAUAGAUCAAAAUUCUGCAAUCAUGAGUUUAUCACCUUUACUAAAUGAUUUUGUUGAUCUAUUGCCAAAUAUUCUGAAGCAAUUAGAAAAAGCACAUGCGGAUGAAGUUAAAAAGUACAGUGCCGAUAAAAUAAUCAAAGAAAUAAUCAUUCCAUUGAACGAAAUAGCAAGUCCAGAUGUGUUAUCAACUUUAUACGAUACUUUGGAUAAUUUCGCAGAAUUUUGUUCGUUUACUUUAACAGAAGAAGAAAAGAGAUUGUUACUCGAAUCAAAAAAAUAUAUAAAAGAUAUGCAAGGUGAUUUCCAAUUGAGAAAUGCCACUUUGAAAGCGAGUAUAGUUCAUAUCGAAUCACCAGUUUCAUUAUUGCUUUCCCAUAUUUUCAACGUUAUUGAAUCGAUACAAAAUGAAUCCCAGAAGAAACCAGAUACUACAGCUGCAAUGGAACAAAAAAUAAUCGAAGAGCAAGUACCAACUACAGAAAUACAAGAUAUGUCAUUAAAAACCAAUAUAAAUAUAGAAACAGAUGAAAAUACUACAAUAGAAGCAGUAGAUGAAUCAAACCUCAAGGUACAUCUAAAUACAAACAUAUCAGAUAUAAAUGAACCUGAAGAGAAAAUACCUAGCUCAGAAAUACAACUAUCCAAUAAGCAAGAUACUGCACUAAUACAUAUUGCAGAUGACUUUAAACUACUACAAGAUACGAAUAUAGAAACACCAGCACCUGUGAAAACAGUGGCAUCUUUAGUAACAACUGAAGCAGAACCUCAAAUACCACAACAAGAUUCUGAAACCAAAUCUAUAUUAUCCAGUGUAGAAAUACAUAAAACCGAUGGAAUGGAGAUUGUAACGUUACAACAAAUUGCAAACAUAGAGCAAGAGAAAGACACUGCUUCAAAAAUACUUGUUGCAAUUGAAUCAGAAUCUAAAAUAUCACAAGCUGAACAUGUGAAAGAUAACGAAAUGGGAGAUGAAGCAGAAACUAGUGCAGAUGCUCUCAUUGUAGAUGAAUCAUACUCUAGAGAGAGAAAUAUACAAGAGAUCAAUGAACCUAUAGAGGCAGUGACUACAUCGAAAAUACUUACGGCAACUGAGCUAUCACAAGUGGCAAAUGUGGAACAAAAAGAUACAGCAGUAUGUUCAGAUAGUCUUAAUUCAAAUGCAUCAGAAAUAAAAGUUGAUCAAGAACGUUCUAAUGAACAAAAUAUAACUGCUCCAAGGGAAACACUCUCCACUUCAGCAAAACUGAAUGCUCCUGAAUCAGAAUCUGAGUUACCUCAAAUUGUAAAUGUACCACAAGAAGAUACUACAACAAGAAAUGAAAUAUCAUCUACAAAACUACUAGUUGCAGAAGAAUUGGAGCCUAAAAUAGAACAAGCUAAUAAUCUACAACAGGAAAAAACUACACCUAUUGAUGAUGCCCGUAUAGCAGAUACUUUAGAGUCUGAGGUACUCCAAAAAAUUAAUAAUAUACAACAAGAGGUUACUGAAGUUAGGGAAACAGAAUGCUUUUCAACCGAAUCUGAAAUUCCAUUACCACAAAAACCAGAUAUGGAGCAAGAAAUUAAUGCAACAAGAGUUGCAGCAUUUCCUGUGCAUAGUGAACAUGAAUCAGAACCAAUUGUACAAAAUAAAGAAACAGUUGCUCUAACUGAAAAUGUACCAGGGCCUGAAGUACCACAGGAAACUGCAAUUGUCCAACAAAAUGUUACUGCAUCGUUGAAAGAGACUAUUUCAGAAGUACUCAAUUCAGCUUCAUUAGAAAUAGAGCGAACUGUUAAUUUACAACGGGAAAAGAUAGCAACUACUGAUUAUGAUCGUACUGCAGAUGAAUCUGAAAUAUUACAAGAGAUCGUAAAUGUCCAACAAGAGUCUCCAAAGGAGACAAUUAAUAUUUCAGAAAUAACUAAAUCAGAGUCUGAAUUACCACAAGUUGAAGGUGUAGAAAAUGAAGUUACUACAAUUGCAGAUAAAGUUUCUUCCACAAAAAUAUUUGUUGCUAAUGAAACAGCACCUAAAGUGGAAAAAGCUGCAAAUGGACAACUCGAUGAAAUAGCAUCUACUGAAAAUGUUUUAACUGUAGAUAUUCAGGAUUCUACUAAUUUAUUGCAGAUAAUGAUGACUUCAGACAUACCUAUAGCAACUGAAUCACAAUCUGACGUGUCACAAGUUGAAAAUGUACAACCAAAAGAUACUGCGACAGCAAAGGCAAUUGUUCCUAAAGAAAUACUUGUUGUAGAUGAAUCAGAGUCCAAAAUAGAACAAACUGUAGUUCUACAACAAACAGAGAUAAAUCCUAGAGACAAUGCUCUUCUUCCAAAUGAAUCAGAAUCUAGAGAUUUACAAAAAAUUACAAAAAUGCAAGAAGAUACUACAACCCCUGUAGAGUCUACUUCAGCAAUAGUUAUUGCAACUGAAUCUGAACUACCACAAAGCGAAAAUGUACUUAUAGAAAAAACUGCAGUAACAGAUACAAUUUCUUCCAAUACAUUUGUUGCAAAUGAAUCUGCACCUGAAACAGAACAAGUUGUUAUUCUUCAACCAACUGUGGCAACACCCACCGAUGAUUCUGUUAAUACACAUGAAUCAUAUCUCGAAGUACCACAGCAAACUGUAAAUAUCCAACAAGAUGCUACUGUACCAAUAGAGGUAGUAAAUACCGCAAAAAAACUCAUUACAGCUUCAUCAGAGCAAGAGACCAGGAAAAUAGAGGAAGUCUCUUCUGCAGAGUUACUUGCUGGAAAUGAAUCAGAAGAUAUUGGUCCACAACAACUGAAAAUAACAGAUGCUGGUGAUGAUUUUAUUAAAGUCGAAUCAGAACCUGAAGAACUACAGAUAAUCACAAAAUACCAACAAGACACUUAUGUACAGAUGGAGAUAGUGAGUCCAGAAAUACUUCAAACAAAUGAAUGUAUAUUACCACAAGAAAAAAAUAUACUUGGAGAAAAUGUCAACAAAGAAACAGUUUCUACAGAAAUACUUGCAGUUGCAAAUGAAUCAGAACCCAAAAUGGAACAUACUGUUAUUCUGCCACAAAAUGAUGCAGUGUCUACCGAUGACGUUUCUAUUGUGAAUAGAUUGAAUUCUGACGUACUGCUGCAAACUACAAAUCUACAACAAGAUGAUUCUGUAUCAACGGAGGUAAUAGCUACAACAGCAAUAAUUGAAACAACUGAAUCUGUAUUACCACAAGAUAAAAAUAUACUGAAAGAGGAUACUGUAACAAUAGAGACAGCAUCUUCAGUAAUUCAGGUUGCAGAUAAAUCAGAACCCAAAAUAGAACAUGCUGUUAUUCUGCAACAGAAUGAGGCAGUGUCUACCAAUGAUGUUUCUAUUGCGGAUAGAUUGGAAUCUGAAGUACCGCAACAAACUUCUGAUAUUCAACAAGAUGCUACUGCAGUGGCCGCGUCAGAAUUGCUCACUGCAGCUUCAUCAGAAUGUGAAAUAUCACAAUUAAUAAACUUGCAACAAGAAGAUACUUCACAAAUAAAAGCCUUGUCUUCUUCAGAAAUACUUGUUGCAGAUGAAUUUAAACCUAAAAUAGAACAGAUUGUGAGUAUGCAGCGAGAAGAGUCAGUACCAAGUGACGACAUUCUUAUUGUAGAUGAUUCAGAACCUGUACGAAUGGAAUCUCACAAGACACAAGAAAUAUCACAUACAGUGGGUAUUCAUGAAGAUACCGGACUGAUUAUAGCAAAUUCACAAGAAGAGUUUACUAUACCUGUAGAAGCAGUUUCUAUUUUAGAGCCCAAUAUACCACAAGAUGCGAAUGUAGAACAGACUUUAAAUAUAGAAAGUACUUCCGAAGUAUUAUUGACAGAUAAACCAGAACUAUUUAUUACAGUACAGCAACCCGAAUCACAACCUCCCACAAUUACUGAAAAUAAAAUAGAAGGACUACAAGAUGAAGUCAACAAACAAAAAUUAGAGGAUAAUUGUGUGGCUGGUACAGACAGUACUAACUUGCUGGAUUCUCCGCAAUUAGAUGUUGCUCCCAACGUUAAUUUAGUUUUGCAUUCGUUGAGUAAUCUUAACAACAUACUGUUAGAACUCGAAGCCCAAUCUGUCCCAGAAUUGAAGAAGAUGGCUAUAAACGAUCUUCAAAAAUCGGUCAAAGCACUUAAAGAAACCAUCAAGUUGUCUGUGACCCGAACGGAAGUGGAAAAAACGGCUUUCGAAGGAGCUAACAAUACUUUAAACGUUUUGAAUAACUACAUAAUAUCAAACCAGAAAAAUGAAACUUGUACAGAACCUUUGUCACCCGAAAACGUAAAAUCCGCAAUAGAAGUUUUGAGAUUGGCCGUGGUUGUUAUACCUGCAAGCUCAGAUUUAAAAACAACAAUGGAACAUUUAGAAGAAACUGUGAAAAAUGUUAUAAACCUUGUUGAAAAUAUUCCCCUGAGAACAGAAGAACAACUGAAAAUACUUUGCUCCCUUGAAAGAUUGAAAGAUGUAUUAGAAAUACGGAAAACGGAAUCCAAUGAGGAGAGUGUUUCUUUAAUAGGGAAAACUGAAAAUCUGUUGAAUUCCAGUGAAAUGUGUAUUAGUAAUUUGGUGCUGGUACAUGAGACGGAAAAACAUAUUCUUGUUAUUAUCAAUGAGUGUUUAAAUAAGUUUAUCGAGCUAUUGGAAUAUGAAAAUAGAUAUGAUCAGCCGGUUAGUGAGGAUAUUCUGCAUGCUGCGAAAGAAAUAACACAGCAAUUGAAUGAUCAAAUAAAAAAUGCAUCAAAAGAUGACGAAGUUACAGUUUUCGCUACAAAAAUUACAAAUAUUGGAGAAAACAUUUUCAAACUGAGCUAUUCAAAUAAAAUAGUUGUUUGCAAGCCUUUGGGUGAAUUCCAAGAAUCUGUACAAAAAUUACAAGAUUUAGUAAUUUUGGCAGAAAUGGGAAAAGAUUAUUACAAACAGUUUUUCUCUGAAUUACGACGUCCUUUAUCUACCCUUAAUUUCAUAGGUGUUACUAUUUUAGAAGACAAAAAAUUAAAUUUAUCGCCAGUGGAUAUUCAACUCUUAGUAAUGGCAAAUCAUUUAAUAGAUGAUCUUAUCAAAAUAAUUGAGGACGUUGACUUUCCAGUUACUUAUGAACAAAGUAAUACAUUGCAAAGAUAUUCAGACAAACUUAGAACAUUUUCUGAUAGUAUAAAUCAAGAUUCUCAAUUGAAAGAUUUUUCAGAUCCAUUGAAUGAUAUUCUGAGGUGCUUCGAAAAGUUAAUAAAUAAAAUUAAUACAACUAACAGAGAAAUCAAAGAUAAAAUUGCUAAUUCCAGAGAUCGGUUGAAGCAAGUUAUAUCUAAGAUAAGUACAUUAAUAAGCAAUGAAAUUCCUAUAAAUUUGAAGUCACUUUUAUUUGAAAAAUUAUAUGAUCCUUUAGAAACAUUCCAACAGUCAAUUGAAGAUACUUCUAUUGACAAUAUGUCAUUGAAUGAAACAAAAAUUAUAAUUUCUGUAGCCGAUAGCAUCACAUCGCUUUUUGAAAAUAUUAAUGAGGAUUUAAUAGAAGACAUCAAACAUUUUGAACAUGAAAUUGCUCUAAAAAGUCAAGACUACGAACACGAUGCAAUCGGUCAGUUUAAAGCGAAACUAAAUAAUUUAUUGGAUACAAUUGACGUCGCAUAUCUAUUCAUCCACACUUCAGAUACUUCUGACUCAAUUCAAGGUAUGAAUUCAUGCUUAACUCAGUUCCUCCAAUUCAUAGUUAAAGCCAAGUACAUAGGUAUAGGAAAUAUAACUUUAUUUUCGAUUCUUGAAAAACCUAUAGAAAAUUUGAAAAUCGAGUUGAGUAAAUGUAAACAUAUCGAUCCGUCAUUGGAAGAAAUUGAUAUUUUGCAAACGCUGGAAAAUUGUUUUAAGCAACUCUAUACGAAAGAUAUCGAAAACACUCAAAUAUAUGAUUAUUGCGAUGAAUUUCAAAGCUUACAAAACAAAUUGAUAAGUUUUUUCAUGCGAGCAGUUCUAAUCACGAACAGCGACCAUGAAAACAAAUUGUUACAAAGCAUUUUUCAUCCAUUAGAGCAAAUCUGUAAAGCAAUAAUAAAAAUCCAGAAUGAAUUAUCAAUAAUUAAAAAUAUCAAUAAAACAAAAAAUAAUAUUAGAGAUAAGUCAAUAAUUUUAGGUGAAUACGUAGCUAAAAAACACUCUGAUGAAGACAUAGCUGCUUUAACACAUUUAAAAUUACCACUGCUAGAUUUACACCAUGCGCUCGAUACAAAUGUACAAUUAACAAAUUAUUCAGAAUUUUUUGAAAUUAUUGAACCUCACAUUUACAAAAUACAUAAAACCUUAUUGGAUAUUGAUAAAAUUUUGAAAGAAUCUACUAUCAAAAGUGUCCUGCUAGAAUUGAACAAUACAUUAAAACAAAUAUUAGCUGUACCGAAAACAGAAAUAACCGUUAUUCACAUUUCAUCAUUCGAAAAUUCUCUUAAAUGUUUGACUGAGUCAUUAGUAGAAGUUUCAGAUGACAAACUAACUAUUACUGAUAACAUUAACAAAGUACAAGAAGAAUUAUUACAAUUACAAAGUGAUAUAAUUGAACAACGAGUACAACCGAGUCAACUUUUAAUUCCCAUCCUCAAUUUGUACGAACCUUUGCAACAUUUAGUAGAAAUCAGUGAAAUAUUAGAGGAAUUAUCCAUGGAUUCACAAGAGCUUCAGUGUGUGUCAGCAAUUGAAUUUAUUUUAGAAAAAUUGAACACAGUAAUCGUAACAUCAAAAGCACCUUUAACGAAACCUCUGUUAGAAAAUUUACGAUCUGUGAAGAUAAAAGGAGGAGAAGUACUAGCAGCACUAGAUAGCAGUCCACAAUCUUGCAUUAGAACUCUGCUACAAGCUCCUUUGGUUGCUAUUUCUAGUUUAACUGAAAAUAUAGAACAAUUAUUAAUAGCAAAGCAUGGUCCACUAGAAAAUAAUUUGGAAACCGUUAAAAUACUUAAACAAAAAUUAACAAAUAUUGCUUCUGAAACUAACAGUCACAUCUCUACAAUAGCUUCAGCUUUGAAAUUACCCAUAGAAUUUUUAUACGACAGUAUUGACCAGCUUUUAAAAAUUGACUGUGACCCUGCAGAACAAACAAAACAUCCAUUAUUAACAGAACAAAAUAAGAUACUUUUAGAGUUGGUAUCUACAUUUGACGCUAUAGAUCGAGAUACAAAUUUAGUUCAUAGUUUGAUACAACUACAGGAAAACUCUAAGAUAAUUGCAGAGGUAUUUCAAAAAGUACAAGUCUUAGAAUGCUUAUGCGAACCUAAUAAACUUCUAACGAUAACAAUUCUGAAUCUGCUGCAAAACAUUAGUUUUUCUAAUGAACCAAUUUAUCUCCAUGAAUUGUUAAGCGCAACCAAAUCAUUUAUAAGUGAACUGAAAAUUUUGAAGGCACAUUUACAGAACAAAAACGACGAUAACUUCAAAAUUUUGAUACUAUUGACAGAAUUAAUCGAUCCUUCAUUAGACCUGUCGACACAAAUUGGAAUAGUGGAGCAACAACAAGGAAUCUGUCCUAUAUUCCAACAUGAUUUAGAAGAAAUUGCUAAUAUCUUUCAAAAACUUCGGAGUUCAAUUAAAUCAACAAAUGAGAAAAUAAGUGUAUCUGAAGCGACAACAGAAGAUAUUCUAGAAAUGAAAGUACAUAUAAAAGGGCUUUCCAUUACAUUGGAGAAAGUUUUGAAAAUAGAAUCAGAUUUUAUUCCAAUUUUUAAAACAAUGCACACUCAGCUUCAACUUAUUCAAGAUGAAAUCCGAAUUAACGAUAAACGUAUUUCAAAAUAUGAUGAAACUGAUGCUGACAAAAUUUUCAGAAGAAUUUUACCAUCACUAAGGGGACUCUUGAAUCAACUGGUGAUUAUACGAAGAAACUCACAAUUAUCCGAAAUAUCCAAAUUGAAAAUAUAUUAUCUGGUCGACGCAAUAGGAUGUUUGAAAAACUUAGUUGAAUCAAUCGAGAAUAGCGAAGAAAUUACGUUUAACUCUGAAGGAGAAGUACAUCAUGAGAUGAUUGAUGAAUCGAAAGAGUUAAUUAGAAAAUUGAAGAAACUUGCCGCUAUAGCGGAAGAAUUGAUUGAGAAUACAUCUGAUUUAACAAUCGAGGAGAGAGAGAUAAUUAGUGUGCUUAUAUCUACGAAACAAACAAUGGAUCAAUUGCUAUCUCAUUUAUAUACUACACCAAUAAUUGAAUAUCCACUGAGAAGACUUGCCAUAAAAUUGGAAGAGAUCGCUGAGAAAAUAUCGGAAAAGCAAGGAAACGGGGAAUUUGUGAGAGCUACAUUGGAACCAAUGAGGAUACUAGCACUAGAAGUUACAACAUUAAGAGGAACAAUAGAGAAAGUCAGAAAUCCAGAAAAAGGUAUUCUCGCUCUGGCAGAUGCUGCGACCUGCUUGAACGAAUUUGUUGAGUCCCUCGAAUUGACUGACAAAUCAGCAGACUCUACUCUCGUGGAUAUAUCAGAGGAAUUCCUAGAGAAAGCCGUCGAAUUUAAGAAGCACGUGGACAAACUAACUAUAGAAGUGGUGAAGAUUAAUGAGAAUUUGUAUAAACCCGGAUCAUUGGAAGCUCAGAAACCAGAGCUUCAACACGCUAUUCUCUCUGUUAAACACCAAAUCGAUAAUUUGCAACAAUCGUUACCUGAAGUACAGAAAUUGCAACUCUCCGAAUUGCCUUUGAAAGCAGUCAAUGGAAAACUUGAACAAAUCAUCGAAAGUCUGUCAGAAAUUCCGGCAGAAAGGAAAGACGCCAGAUUUGUGAAGGAGAUAUUGCAGCCCAUACAGAAUCUUGCAUUACAAGUUGAAACAUUAAAAGCGAAGACAGAGGUAGUCAAAAAUCCAGAAAACGGUAUUCUCUCUCUGGCGGAUGCUGCCACCUGUAUAAAUGAAUUUGUUGAGUCCCUCGAAUUGACUAACAAAUCAGCAGACUCUACUCUCGUGGAUAUAUCAGAGGAAUUCCUAGAGAAAGCCGUCGAAUUUAAGAAACACGUGGACAAACUAACUAUAGAAGUGGUGAAGAUUAAUGAGAAUUUGGAGAAACCUGGAUCAUUCGAAGCUCAGAAACCAGAACUUCAACAAGCUAUUCUCUCUGUUAAACACCAAAUCGAUAAUUUGCAACAAUCAAUACCUGAAGUACAGAAAUUGCAACUCUCCGAAUUGCCUUUGAAAGCAGUCAAUGGAAAGCUUGAAGAAAUCAUAGAGAGUCUGUCGGAAAUUCCGGCAGAAAGGAAAGACACCAGAUUUGUGAAGGAGAUAUUGCAGCCAAUACAAAAUCUUGCAUUAGAAAUCACAACAUUAAAAGCGAAAACAGACAUAGUCAAAAAUCCAGAAAAAGGUAUUCUCACUCUGGCAGAUGCUGCCACCUGUAUAAAUGAAUUUGUUGAGUCCCUUGAAUUGACUGACAAAUCAGCAGACUCUACUGUUGAUGAUAUUUCAGAGGAACUCUUAGAUGAAGCCGUCGAAUUGAAGAAACACCUGGACAAACUAACUAUAGAAGUAGUGGAGAUUAAUGAGAAUUUGGAGAAACCUGGAUCAUUCGAAGCUCAGAAACCAGAGCUUCAACAAGCUAUUCUCUCUGUUAAACACCAAAUCGAUAAUUUGCAACAAUCGUUACCUGAAGUACAUAAAUUACAACUCUCCGAAUUGCCUUUGAAAGCAGUCAAUGGAAAGCUUGAAGAAAUCAUCGAAAGUCUGUCAGAAAUUCCGGCAGAAAGGAAAGACACCAGAUUUGUGAAAGAGAUAUUGCAGCCAAUACAAAAUCUUGCAUUAGAAAUCACAACAUUAAAAGCGAAAACAGAGGUAGUCAAGAAUCCAGAUAAAGGUAUUCUCGCUCUGGCAGAUGCUGCCACCUGUAUAAAUGAAUUUGUUGAGUACCUCGAAUUGACUGACAAAUCAGCAGACUCUACUGUCGAUGAUAUUUCAGAGGAAUUCCUAGAGAAAGCCAUCGAAUUUAGGAAACACCUGGACAAACUAACUAUAGAAUUGGUGAAGAUUAAUGGGAAUUUGUAUAAACCCGGAUCAUUCGAAGCUCAGAAACCAGAACUUCAACACGCUAUUCUCUCUGUUAAACACCAAAUAGAUAAUUUGCAACAAUCGUUUCCUGAAGUACAGAAAUUGCAACUCUCCGAAAUGCCUUUGAAAGCAGUCAAUGGAAAGCUUGAAGAAAUUAUGGAAUGUCUAUCACAAAAUCCUAAAGAAAGGAAAGACGCCAGAUUUGUGAAAGAGAUAUUGCAGCCAAUACAAAAUCUUGCAUUAGAAAUCACAACAUUAAAAGCGAAAACAGACAUAGUCAAAAAUCCAGAUAAAGGUAUUCUCUCUCUGGCAGAUGCUGCCACCUGUAUAAAUGAAUUUGUUGAGUCCCUCGAAUUUACUGACAAAUCAGCAGACUCUACUGUCGAUGAUAUAUCAGAGGAAUUCCUAGAGAAAGCCGUCGAAUUCAAGAAACACCUGGACAAAUUAACUAUAGAAGUGGUGAAGAUUAAUGAGAAUUUGGAGAAACCCGGAUCAUUCGAAGCUCAGAAACCAGAACUUCAACACGCUAUUCUCUCUGUUAAACACCAAAUCGAUAAUUUGCAACAAUCGUUACCUGAAGUACAGAAAUUGCAACUCUCCGAAUUGCCUUUGAAAGCAGUCAAUGGAAAUCUUGAAGAAAUUAUCGAAUGUCUAUCACAAAAUCCUAAAGAAAGGAAAGACGCCAGAUUUGUGAAAGAGAUAUUGCAGCCAAUACAAAAUCUUGCAUUAGAAAUCACAACAUUAAAAGCGAAAACAGAGGUAGUCAAGAAUCCAGAUAAAGGUAUUCUCGCUCUGGCAGAUGCUGCCACCUGUAUAAAUGAAUUUGUUGAGUCCCUCGACUCUACUGUCGAUGAUAUUUCAGAGGAACUCUUAGAGAAAGCCGUCGAAUUUAAGAAACACCUGGACAAACUAACUAUAGAAGUAGUGAAGAUUAAUGAGAAUUUGUAUAAACCCGGAUCAUUGGAAGCUCAGAAACCAGAACUUCAACAAGCUAUUCUCUCUGUUAAACACCAAAUCGAUAAUUUGCAACAAUCGUUACCUGAAGUACAGAAAUUGCAACUCUCCGAAUUGCCUUUGAAAGCAGUCAAUGGAAAGCUUGAGGAAAUUAUCGAAUGUCUAUCACAAAAUUCUGAAGAAAGGAAAGACACCAGAUUUGUAAAAGAGAUAUUGCAGCCAAUACAAAAUCUUGCAUUAGAAAUCACAACAUUAAAAGCGAAAACAGAGGUAGUCAAGAAUCCAGAUAAAGGUAUUCUCGCUCUGGCAGAUGCUGCCACCUGUAUAAAUGAAUUUGUUGAGUCCCUCGAAUUGACUGACAAAUCAGCAGACUCUACUGUCGAUGAUAUUUCAGAGGAACUCUUAGAGAAAGCCGUCGAAUUUAAGAAACACCUGGACAAACUAACUAUAGAAGUGGUGAAGAUUAAUGAGAAUUUGUAUAAACCCGGAUCAUUGGAAGCUCAGAAACCAGAACUUCAACACGCUAUUCUCUCUGUUAAACACCAAAUCGAUAAUUUGCAACAAUCGUUACCUGAAGUACAGAAAUUGCAACUCUCCGAAUUGCCUUUGAAAGCAGUCAAUGGAAAGCUUGAAGAAAUCAUCGAAAGUCUGUCAGAAAUUCCGGCAGAAAGGAGAGAUACCAGAUUUGUGAAAGAGAUAUUGCAGCCAAUACAAAAUCUUGUGUUAGAAAUCACAACAUUAAAAGCGAAAACAGACAUAGUCAAAAAUCCAGAUAAAGGUAUUCUCGCUCUGGCGGAUGCUGCCACCCAUAUAAAUGAAUUUGUUGAGUCCCUCGAAUUGACUUACAAAUCAGCAGACUCUACUCUCGUUGAUAUAUCAGAGGAAUUCCUAGAGAAAGCCGUCGAAUUCAAGAAACACAUGGACAAACUAACUAUAGAAGUGGUGAAGAUUAAUGAGAAUUUGGAGAAACCCAGAUCAUUCGAAGCUCAGAAACCAGAACUUCAACACGCUAUUCUCUCUGUUAAAUACCAAAUAGAUAAUUUGCAACAAUCGUUACCUGAAGUACAGAAAUUGCAACUCUCCGAAUUGCCCUGGAAAGCAGUCAAUGCAAAGCUUGAAGAAAUUAUCGAAUGUCUAUCACAAAAUCCUAAAGAAAGGAAAGACGCCAGAUUUGUGAAAGAGAUAUUGCAGCCAAUACAAAAUCUUGCAUUAGAAAUCACAACAUCAAAAGCGAAAACCGACAUAGUCAAAAAUCCAGAUAAAGGUAUUCUCUCUCUGGCGGAUGCUGCUACCUGUAUAAAUGAAUUUGUUGAGUCCCUCGAAGUGACAGACAAAUCAGCAGACUCUACUGUCGAUGAUAUUUCAGAGGAACUCUUAGAGAAAGCCGUCGAAUUUAAGAAACACCUGGACAAACUAACUAUAGAAGUGGUGAAGAUUAAUGAGAAUUUGUAUAAACCCGGAUCAUUGGAAGCUCAGAAACCAGAACUUCAACACGCUAUUCUCUCUGUUAAACACCAAAUCGAUAAUUUGCAACAAUCGUUACCUGAAGUACAGAAAUUGCAACUCUCCGAAUUGCCUUUGAAAGCAGACAAUGGAAAGCUUGAAGAAAUCAUCGAAAGUCUGUCAGAAAUUCCGGCAGAAAGGAGAGAUACCAGAUUUGUGAAAGAGAUAUUGCAGCCAAUACAAAAUCUUGCAUUAGAAAUCACAACAUUAAAAGCGAAAACAGAGGUAGUCAAAAAUCCAGAUAAAGGCAUUCUCUCUCUGGCGGAUGCUGCUACCUGUAUAAAUGAAUUUGUUGAGUCCCUCGAAUUGACAGACAAAUCAGCAGACUCUACUGUCGAUGAUAUUUCAGAGGAACUCUUAGAGAAAGCCGUCGAAUUUAAGAAACACCUGGACAAACUAACUAUAGAAGUGGUGAAGAUUAAUGAGAAUUUGUAUAAACCCGGAUCAUUGGAAGCUCAGAAACCAGAACUUCAACACGCUAUUCUCUCUGUUAAACACCAAAUCGAUAAUUUGCAACAAUCGUUACCUGAAGUACAGAAAUUGCAACUCUCCGAAUUGCCUUUGAAAGCAGUCAAUGGAAAGCUUGAAGAAAUCAUCGAAAGUCUGUCAGAAAUUCCGGCAGAAAGGAGAGAUACCAGAUUUGUGAAAGAGAUAUUGCAGCCAAUACAAAAUCUUGCAUUAGAAAUCAUAACAUUAAAAGCGAAAACAGAGGUAGUCAAAAAUCCAGAUAAAGGUAUUCUCUCUCUGGCGGAUGCUGCUACCUGUAUAAAUGAAUUUGUUGAGUCCCUCGAAUUGACUUACAAAUCAGCAGACUCUACUCUCGUUGAUAUAUCAGAGGAAUUCCUAGAGAAAGCCGUCGAAUUCAAGAAACACCUGGACAAAUUAACUAUAGAAGUGGUGAAGAUUAAUGAGAAUUUGGAGAAACCCGGAUCAUUCGAAGCUCAGAAACCAGAACUUCAACACGCUAUUCUCUCUGUUAAAUACCAAAUAGAUAAUUUGCAACAAUCGUUACCUGAAGUACAGAAAUUGCAACUCUCCGAAUUGCCUUUGAAAGCAGUCAAUGCAAAGCUUGAAGAAAUUAUCGAAUGUCUAUCACAAAAUCCUAAAGAAAGGAAAGACGCCAGAUUUGUGAAAGAGAUAUUGCAGCCAAUACAAAAUCUUGCAUUAGAAAUCACAACAUUAAAAGCGAAAACAGACAUAGUCAAAAAUCCAGAUAAAGGUAUUCUCUCUCUGGCGGAUGCUGCUACCUGUAUAAAUGAAUUUGUUGAGUCCCUCGAAGUGACAGACAAAUCAGCAGACUCUACUGUCGAUGAUAUUUCAGAGGAACUCUUAGAGAAAGCCGUCGAAUUUAAGAAACACCUGGACAAACUAACUAUAGAAGUGGUGAAGAUUAAUGAGAAUUUGUAUAAACCCGGAUCAUUGGAAGCUCAGAAACCAGAACUUCAACACGCUAUUCUCUCUGUUAAACACCAAAUCGAUAAUUUGCAACAAUCGUUACCUGAAGUACAGAAAUUGCAACUCUCCGAAUUGCCUUUGAAAGCAGACAAUGGAAAGCUUGAAGAAAUCAUCGAAAGUCUGUCAGAAAUUCCGGCAGAAAGGAGAGAUACCAGAUUUGUGAAAGAGAUAUUGCAGCCAAUACAAAAUCUUGCAUUAGAAAUCAUAACAUUAAAAGCGAAAACAGAGGUAGUCAAAAAUCCAGAUAAAGGUAUUCUCUCUCUGGCGGAUGCUGCUACCUGUAUAAAUGAAUUUGUUGAGUCCCUCGAAUUGACAGACAAAUCAGCAGACUCUACUGUCGAUGAUAUUUCAGAGGAACUCUUAGAGAAAGCCGUCGAAUUUAAGAAACACCUGGACAAACUAACUAUAGAAGUGGUGAAGAUUAAUGAGAAUUUGUAUAAACCCGGAUCAUUGGAAGCUCAGAAACCAGAACUUCAACACGCUAUUCUCUCUGUUAAACACCAAAUCGAUAAUUUGCAACAAUCGUUACCUGAAGUACAGAAAUUGCAACUCUCCGAAUUGCCUUUGAAAGCAGUCAAUGGAAAGCUUGAAGAAAUCAUCGAAAGUCUGUCAGAAAUUCCGGCAGAAAGGAGAGAUACCAGAUUUGUGAAAGAGAUAUUGCAGCCAAUACAAAAUCUUGCAUUAGAAAUCACAACAUUAAAAGCGAAAACAGACAUAGUCAAAAAUCCAGAUAAAGGUAUUCUCGCUCUGGCGGAUGCUGCCACCUGUAUAAAUGAAUUUGUUGAGUCCCUCGAAUUGACUUACAAAUCAGCAGACUCUACUCUCGUUGAUAUAUCAGAGGAAUUCCUAGAGAAAGCCGUCGAAUUCAAGAAACACCUGGACAAAUUAACUAUAGAAGUGGUGAAGAUUAAUGAGAAUUUGGAGAAACCCGGAUCAUUCGAAGCUCAGAAACCAGAACUUCAACACGCUAUUCUCUCUGUUAAAUACCAAAUAGAUAAUUUGCAACAAUCGUUACCUGAAGUACAGAAAUUGCAACUCUCCGAAUUGCCUUUGAAAGCAGUCAAUGCAAAGCUUGAAGAAAUUAUCGAAUGUCUAUCACAAAAUCCUAAAGAAAGGAAAGACGCCAGAUUUGUGAAAGAGAUAUUGCAGCCAAUACAAAAUCUUGCAUUAGAAAUCACAACAUUAAAAGCGAAAACAGACAUAGUCAAAAAUCCAGAUAAAGGUAUUCUCUCUCUGGCGGAUGCUGCUACCUGUAUAAAUGAAUUUGUUGAGUCCCUCGAAGUGACAGACAAAUCAGCAGACUCUACUGUCGAUGAUAUUUCAGAGGAACUCUUAGAGAAAGCCGUCGAAUUUAAGAAACACCUGGACAAACUAACUAUAGAAGUGGUGAAGAUUAAUGAGAAUUUGUAUAAACCCGGAUCAUUGGAAGCUCAGAAACCAGAACUUCAACACGCUAUUCUCUCUGUUAAACACCAAAUCGAUAAUUUGCAACAAUCGUUACCUGAAGUACAGAAAUUGCAACUCUCCGAAUUGCCUUUGAAAGCAGUCAAUGGAAAACUUGAAGAAAUCAUCGAAAGUCUGUCAGAAAUUCCGGCAGAAAGGAGAGAUACCAGAUUUGUGAAAGAGAUAUUGCAGCCAAUACAAAAUCUAGCAUUAGAAAUCACAACAUUAAAAGCGAAAACAGAGGUAGUCAAAAAUCCAGAUAAAGGUGUUCUCUCUCUGGCGGAUGCUGCUACCUGUAUAAAUGAAUUUGUUGAGUCCCUCGAAUUGACAGACAAAUCAGCAGACUCUACUGUCGAUGAUAUUUCAGAGGAACUCUUAGAGAAAGCCGUCGAAUUUAAGAAACACGUGGACAAACUAACUAUAGAAGUAGUGAAGAUUAAUGAGAAUUUGGAGAAACCUGGAUCAUUCGAAGCUCAGAAACCAGAGCUUCAACACGCUAUUCUCUCUGUUAAACACCAAAUCGAUAAUUUGCAACAAUCGUUACCUGAAGUACAGAAAUUGCAACUCUCCGAAUUGCCUUUGAAAGCAGUCAAUGGAAAGCUUGAAGAAAUCAUCGAAAGUCUAUCAGAAAUUCCAGCAGAUAGGAAAGACACCAGAUUUGUGAAAGAGAUAUUGCAGCCAAUACAGAAUCUUGCAUCACAAGUUGAAACAUUAAAAGCGAAGACAGAGGUAGUCAAAAAUCCAGAUAAAGGUGUUCUCUCUCUGGCGGAUGCUGCUACCUGUAUAAAUGAAUUUGUUGAGUCCCUCGAAUUGACAGACAAAUCAGCAGACUCUACUGUCGAUGAUAUUUCAGAGGAACUCUUAGAGAAAGCCGUCGAAUUUAAGAAACACGUGGACAAACUAACUAUAGAAGUAGUGAAGAUUAAUGAGAAUUUGGAGAAACCUGGAUCAUUCGAAGCUCAGAAACCAGAGCUUCAACACGCUAUUCUCUCUGUUAAACACCAAAUCGAUAAUUUGCAACAAUCGUUACCUGAAGUACAGAAAUUGCAACUCUCCGAAUUGCCUUUGAAAGCAGUCAAUGGAAAGCUUGAAGAAAUCAUCGAAAGUCUAUCAGAAAUUCCAGUAGAAAGGAAAGACACCAGAUUUGUGAAAGAGAUAUUGCAGCCAAUACAGAAUCUUGCAUCACAAGUUGAAACAUUAAAAGCGAAGACAGAGGUAGUCAAAAAUCCAGAAAAAGGUAUUCUCUCUCUGGCGGAUGCUGCCACCUGUAUAAAUGAAUUUGUUGAGUCCCUCGAAUUGACUGACAAAUCAGCAGACUCUACUCUCGUUGAUAUAUCAGAGGAAUUCCUAGAGAAAGCCGUUGAAUUUAAGAAACACCUGGACAAACUAACUAUAGAAGUGGUGAAGAUUAAUGAGAAUUUGGAGAAACCUGGAUCAUUCGAAGCUCAGAAACCAGAACUCCAACACGCGAUUCUCUCUGUUAAACUCCAAAUGGAUAAUUUGCAACAAUCGUUACCUGAAGUACAGAAAUUGCAACUCUCCGAAAUGCCUUUGAAAGCAGUCAAUGGAAAGCUUGAAGAAAUUAUCGAAUGUCUAUCACAAAUUCCUAAAGAAAGGAAAGACACCAGAUUUGUGAAAGAGAUAUUGCAGCCAAUACAAAAUCUUGCAUUAGAAAUCACAACAUUAAAAGCGAAAACAGAGGUAGUCAAAAAUCCAGAAAAAUGUAUUCUCGCUCUGGCUGAUGCUGCCAUGUGUAUUAACGAAUUUGUUUAUUUCCUUGAAAUGACUGACAAAUCAAUAGACUCUACUGUCGAUGAUAUUUCAGAGGAACUCCUAGAAAAAGCCGUCGAAUUUAAAAAAGGCUUGGACACAUUGACUAUACAAGUGGUUAAUAUUAAUGAAAAUUUAGAAAAACCCAAUUUUCUCGAGACUCAUAAAUCAGAGCUUAAUAACGCUAUUACAUCUGUUAAACACAAAAUCGAUAAUUUGCAACUGUCUUUACCCGAAAUACAAUUAUUGCAAAUGUCCAAAUUACAUUUAAUAGCACUGAGUGAAAAGUUAGGGCAAAUGCUUGCGAGUUUGUCAGGGAUACCAAAAGGGUCGAAUUACACUAAAUUAAUAAAAUUUUUACUGGAAACAGUACAGAAUCUUGCAUCAGAACUCACCUCAUUGAAAUCGAAAAUAAAGGUAGUUAAAAAUCGAGAAGUGGGAAUUCUUGCUCUUACCGAUGCGGCUGUCCCUAUAAAUGACUUACUUGGAACCCUCAAAAUGACCGAUUUAUCAAUAGACUCUAAUUUCGAUGAUAUAUCAUUGGAUUUGCUGAAUAAAUCUUCAGAUUUGAAGCAGAAUUUGGAGAAUUUAACCUCGCAAGUGAUCAAGAUUAAGACAAAUUUGAAAAAACCCAAAAUUUUCGAAGCGCAGAAACUGGAUUUGAAAAACAUAAUUCAUUCGUCGAAACAAAGUAUUGAUCAAUACAUGCAAUUAUUGGGUGAAACUCCAUUACUUCAAAAGAUUAAAGUUACUCUUAAAGCACUAAGUGUGCAGUUGGCAAUAAUCGAUGAGAAGUUAUCAGACAUUUCACAGGACAGAAAUGACAUCAAGUUCAUUAAAGAGAUAAUGCAGCCUGUACUGUAUCUUUCAAAAGAGAUUACCACAUUAAAAUCAACACUCGCCUCAUUAAAAAAUCCUGAUCCAAGUCUAUGUUGUUUAGCAGAUACUGCAGCCUAUAUGAACGACUUUGCAGAUUCUCUCAAAAUUUCUGAGAAUUAUAAAGAUUCCACAGUCACCGAUAUGUCACGUGAGUCUCUGACGAAAUCUGUAGAUAUAAAAAAUGCGUUUAAUAACUUCGCAACACUCUUGGUGAAGAUCUGUGAAAAUUUACAAGAACCGACGGUUAUUAACAUGCUAAAACCCGAGCUGAAAAACACAGUUUUGUCCGUUAAUUACCAAAUAGAUAUUAUUUUAGCUCAAAUAUUACCCAUAGCACACACAUUAGGUGCAUCAGAGGCACCUCUUAAAGCACUUAGAACUGAAUUUGAAAAAAUUGUAGAAAUACUAUCAGGAUCUACACCAGUUAGGAACGACAUGAAAUUUGUUGAAGAAAUUCUACCGACUUUACAAGAGUUCGCAAAUGAAAUGGCAAUAUUUGAAUCUAAGUCAGAUCUAAUUAGAGCUUCUUGUCCAGAUGUUUUUCUUAUAAGAGACAUCACCACACCUGUAAAUGAACUUGUGGAUAUACUCAAGAGCCAAAAGGAUGUCUUGGAUAAAAAUUUACCCGAUAUAUCUACUGAUAUGUUAUCUAUAUCAGAAAGGGCAAAGACUGAUUUUGCUAAACUUAUUAACACUGUCGUGGAAAUAAAUCAAAACGCUCAUAAACCUGAAUGGAUUGUGGACAAAAAUCGAUUAACGAGCAAUAUGAUGUUGGUGAAGAAUGAAGUUGAUAUAAUUUUGAAUAACGUAUUGCCGAAAUCACAAAAUCUCUCAGUAGCUGAAAACGCAUUCAAGCCUCUCAGUAGUAAACUGGAAAGGAUUUUAGAAGACAUUUCUGAAUUUGAACGUGAUAAAAUCUUCAAAUCAGUUACAGAAAAUCUAGGGAAUUCUUUGAAAAGAACAAUACAUGUUUUAAAUGUUCUAGAUGGGAAGAUUCCUUGCAUUCCAUUUCUAUUUAGAUCUGCUCUCUCAGAACUUGUUUCAAUUUCUAAUACGGUUAACGUUUUAGAGAGUAAAUUCACACAUCAAUUACCAAAAGCAAUGCGAAACUCCAUAGUAAUUGAUCUGUUGACUAAUCUCACCGAAUCAUUCGAUAAAUUGAAUAAAUUUCUGGGUGGCACCCAAAUUUCAAAUAUCACAUCUCAUGUUGAUGAAAUUUGUGAACAGACCAAGUUAUUGGUCGCUCAUUUUGGUGAUAUUACAGAUAAAUUAAAACCAUGUUUACCAUGUGAAAUAACUUCUCCCGUAGAGUUUGUAUGUGAGAAGAUUGAUCAUUUUUCGGAGAAAUUAUUUGAUAUUAAAACUGUUAUUGGUAAGCUUAAGACUAUGAAAGUGCCGCUUUGCAGAUUAUAUGACUUUUAUAAAGAAAUAUGCUUGGAUAAAUAUGUGAAGAACAAGGACAUUCAAAAUUUCAGUAGAAUACAUGAGGAUUUAUUUGGUAUUAUCGAAAUUAUUAAUAACUUUGAGAUAGAUUCAAAUAAUAGACUAGUUUUGGAGACAAUCAUAAAUUAUUUACAAGAAUUUACUAAUAUGCUGGGUUCCUAUAAAACUGUCGAUGGAAAAUUCAUUCCACCCCCAAAUUAUGAGAAGGAAUUGCUGCAUAUCUUGGAAAAGUCAGUAGAAAGAAUCGAAAACAGUAUGAGUGAACUGAGCAUAAUUGAUUUGAAAAAUUAUGUGAGAAAAUUGUCUAUAGCAAUCAAUGACUAUUAUGAAAGUGUGAAAAAGACAUGCAAUAAAAGGCUAGAUAUUGAUACUAUCAAAAAAUUAAAACUACCAAUAAGUCAGUUAUUAGAAGAGCUCAAUAUAAUGAAUAAAAAAUUAUCCAAAAGUGUAAAUUAUAUAGAUAAUUUGAAACAUUUAAGAAAAACUGUAAAUAAAGUUAACGAAAGUAUACUCAAAAUAGAAAAAACAAGCUUACUGGAAAUACCAAACAUGGACGAACCUUUAUUAUCUGCUCUAGAAGAUCUAGCACCUUAUCUAGAAGAUCUUCUCAUAGAAUUUGUCAAAUGUAAUUCUCAGCUCGAUAAACAUGUACAAAUAGAAUAUAGUAACUUAAAAACAGUAUUAACUGUGGUUAAUAACCGUAUCGACCAAAUAACAUCUAUUUUUUCUCUUCCAAAUAUUCUAAUUGAUUCUCUAAAGGAUUUAUCAGAAUGCGUGCUUGGAUUUGCAUUAAAAAUUAAUUCAGAAAUGGCUUCUGAUCGAAAACAUCAAUAUUUGGAACCAUUUUUAGUUGUUAAGAAGGAAGUGGAUAUAUUGAAAAAAGAUUUAAAACUUCUUCCACAUCCCUGUAACGCCAUUUCACAAUUAGUGCUAGUAGAUAAACCGAUUAAUAAAAUAAUAGAAUAUUUACAAAAUACAGAAUUCAAACCGAAACUUGAAGAACAUUUACAAUCAAUGGAAAAAUUAAUAAGCCGACCGUAUGAACAGCUUUCAAAUAUAGUUAGAAAUGUUAAUAUUAUAAUGACAGAUCAAGAUAUAUUGAAACUUGAAUUUCCAGUUAUAUCUGAAAGUUUAAAAAAUAUUUUAGAUGUAAUAAGCUCACAGGAUGUUGAUGAUGUUAUUGAAAAGCUAGGACUUUAUAAUGAUUUUAAAAGCAUAAAUAAAAUUUUAGCAGAUGUUUUACAAGAAACUAUCACUAUGAGGCAAGACUAUAUGAGUUUAUACACUCUCAAUAAUUCACUUUGUAAAUUAGCAGAUGUAUUGCGUAAAAUUAAAGAAAGUUCUAAAAGUGAACUACUUCUAAUUAUUAGUGAAUUACUUGAACAUAUCGAGCAAUUUAGGUAUAACAUAUCUUUAGCGCAAGAUAUAGGAUGUAAUACCAAAGAUUUUUCUAAAGAAUAUACCGAAAAAUUAAAUAAUAUAAGUAAUAAAAUAGUAGCUUUAACUUUAAUUCUAAAUGAUAUCAGUGAGAUAUAUGAAAAUUUCGACAAACCCGAAAAGGAAAUUAUACUAGCUCUAGAUAAUCUGAAAUAUGCUUUGGAACAAACAUGUAGCGAGUUAACCCUUAAUGAGAAAAUGGAAAUUGUUUCACAAUCGCUGAAUAUGUUCAAUAACUAUAUUAUUCAAACCCAAAACACAAUUCAGAAAUACGUUUUCGAACGCAGAAAUGAUGUAACUUUAUUUAGAGAAAUGAAAAAAUCGAUAUCUCAAUUGAAGUCGUCUAUAAGUAACGAACCAAAUUCUCAUCUCAAAAAAUUGUCAGAUAGCUUGAAUAUUUUGCAAGAAGCCAUAAACGAUCAACAAAAAAUAAUUACGGAAACUGCAAAUGAUAUAUCAAAUGCUAUUUUAAACGCUAUAAAUCUUCCAAAAAUGAUAACUAAUUGUCAAACGAAUAUUACCUCUAAGUCUAAGGAAGUUCUUUAUAAUAUAGAACAAUUGAAAAUAAGCAUUAAUAAUACAAUAGCAGUUACGAAAAACUUAGAACUAUUCAAACCCAUUAAUUUAGCUCUGGAAAUUCUAUAUGAAGAUGUAUGUAGCUUAAUAAACAGUGUUGCACCUUCAGAACAAGAAGAGAUUGUAGAGAGACUAAAAGGACAUAAAAAAAAUGAUCAAUUUAUAUUAGAAACAGAGGCAACAAAACUUCAAGCAACAGAUGACGAAAAGUCUAAGCAAAAAUUAAUAAAUACCGAAGAGAUUUCACAUAAAGAUUUGGAAGAUAUAAAAAUUAACAAUAAGGAAAAAGUAGAAGAAGAUAAAAUAGAGAAGCAAACUUUAAUCGAAAAUGAGGUCGGAGAAAAAACUGAACACAAUAAAAAAGAGGAAAACGAUGUAUUAGAGAGUAAAGGGGGUGAUAAUAAUUUAGAUAUAGGUGAGCAUAAGAAGGAUCAAAAUCCAACAAAAAAGAAGAAAAACAAAGGUAGUAAAUCUAAGCUGGAGAAGGAGGAAGAAAAUAUUAUAAAAGUACAAGAAGAAGAUAAGGAAAGUGUUAGUGUAGACAGUGAUCAAAAUUAUCACAAGCAAAAAAGUGAUGAUAACUCUGAAGUAGAGGAACAAGACAAGUUUAGUAAACAUAAAAAAGAAGUAGAAAAACUAAAUAUGAAUAAAGAUUAUAACGAGACAGAAAAAGUUAUUGAUAAAGAUAAAACAACUAUCGAAGAGAAAGUAUUCUUACCAGAAACGGAAACUAAAGAAAAGGAAAGAGCUGAUAAGGUUGUACAACAAGCUAAUUUAAAGGAAAGUAAACAAAAAGUUUCUUUGAAAGAGAAAGUAGAGCUCAAAGAGGAGAAGAAGAAUAGUAUGGAUGAACGAGAUGAAGACAAAGAAUCAGAAGAAUCACUAUUACUGAAAGGGCAGAUAAAUGGAGAUAUUAGAACUAUAGAACAAGAGAAAACCAUUCAAUACAAUGAAAAGAAUAUACAAAUCGAUGCAUUUGGAAAAGCAUCUAAGAUCGAAGCAGAUACACCAAGUUCAUUAAAAAUAAAGGAAAAUGAUAAGAAUCACAAAGAGGGAGCAGAUAAGAAAAUUAUUAAACAAAAAAUGGAAAUAGAAGCAGAUGUGGAUAUUAGAAAAAACGUAAGCAAACAAGAUAAAAAUGAUAAAUUUUCUUACGAUGAAAAUAAAAUUCGUAAUAAAGCAGAACAACAAUAUGAUAACCACGAAACGAAGAGAAUAUCUAGAGCAACUGAUCAAACUAGGAGAUUCACGGAUAAUUUAGAUUCAUGUAAACCUUCAACGCACCAAAGAAUUGUAUACGCCGGAAGAAAGCCGUUCUUUACAUCGAAUUUGAAAAAUUGUUCUACAAAAAUUGGAUCUGAAAUACAUUUAAGUUGUAGUUUGGUACCCGACGAAAAUCUAUCAAUUACUUGGCUGAAAAAUAACACGUUAAUACAAAACACUUCUAAUUGUCAUAUAAACUUUUCUAAUAACAUAGCAACAUUAGAUGUUCACUGCGCUAAUUUGGAUGAUGCUGGUGAAUAUUCCUGUGUAGCUAAAAAUGAGCAUGGAGAGAGUGUUACAUACGCACACAUUAAAGUAUGUGAAGAAGAAGACGAUACUCAGUAUCUACAUCCCACUUUUAUAUCUAAUAUUACAGACAAUUACAGAAAAACUGAAGACGAAGUUAUAUUGCAAUGUAAAGUAAAAAGUCUCACAGAACCACGUAUAAAAUGGUAUAAAAAUGAAGAAGAAUUAACUUUAGGAACCAAAUACUCCCAAAGUUAUUCACCAGGUGGUAUUUGUAGAUUAUCUAUCAAUAAACCUGAUAUUACCGACAACGGGCGUUAUUCUUGUAGAUUGGAAACGAAUUUGUGGUCUGAUCAAUUAUCUUACGAUUACAAAUUCGAUAGGAGAAAUUUACGAAGAAGAGAACUACCAUGUCGUGAUAGCAGCUCAACUACGUCAUAUUUUGCAAAUAUUAUGACUGAUACGUAUGUUUCUGAUGGAGGAACUAUGGCUUUUCAAGUAGAGGUAAGAGGCAGUCCUUUAAACGUAUCUUGGUAUAAAGAGGAUUUGAGAUUAACGAAUUUUUCGAAAAGACACAAAAUCUUUACUGAACGUAACAUUCACACAGUAUUAAUUCCCGACGUGAAGGAAUAUGAAAGCGGGAAAUAUACGUGCAGAGCUAUAUAUCCUGAAAGAACAAUAGACACUUCCGCGUAUGUACAAGUUGUGAAAAAAACUUUAGCCCAUGGAAAACCGCCCCUAUUUCUGUCAAGGCCAGAUAAAAUAUUGAGUCUUCGAGAAGGGGAUGAUAUCGUCGUGUCUUUUAGAAUAUCCGGAGAGCCUAAACCUACAGUUGCUUGGAUGAAAGGUCUCAAAGAUAUUACUACGAGUAUGAGAUCUUAUAAAGAGCAAUCAGACGAUUAUAUGAGAUUGACUUUGAAAAGAAUAACUGCGGAAGAUGCUGGAACAUACUGCAUUCUUGCGAAAAAUCGAUAUGGUUGCGAUAGAGCUUUCUUUACCGUUAGACUAAGAGACCGAGCAAGAUCCUUAACUCCGAUAAGAAAUCAUUUUUUGUUAGAAUUUCAAUCGUAUCAUGAAAUGUAUAAAGAAACUGAUGUACCAAAUCCAAUUCCUCACCCACCGACGGUUGUGGAAUGUGGAAGAAAUUGGCUAUGUUUAUCUUGGGAAAAGCCUCAGCAGUCACAUAUACCCGUAUUAGCGUAUCGCGUUGAAAUGUGGACAAGAGGAGAAGAAGGAGCCAGAUGGACAGAAGCUGGAAUAACGCCGCUAACUUCUUAUGACGUGUUCAAUUUGAAACCUGAAGUAGAAUACCAGUUCCGAAUUACUCCAAGAAACAGGUAUGGUUGGGGAGAGAGCGUCCAGAGCGGAGUUAUAACUUUAGGUAAACCUACUAGUUUGCCUGAAUUCACGAAAAUAUUACCCAGCCAAUUGAAAGCUUUGAUAGGAACGCAAGUUACUUUGGAAUGUGAGGUCGAAGGAGAACCGAUUCCGACAGUUCGAUGGUUAAAAGAUUCCCAAGAGGUAUUCCCUGAUGAAGAUCAACGAUACAAGAUUUCACAAGAGAACAACGUAUGUCGAUUAACUAUAUCAAAUCUCCAAGAAAAUGACAGUGGACGUUUCAUUUGUGAAUCGAAUAAUAAAGUUGGAAGAGUAUCAACUUUCGCACGAUUAUAUGUUGUUAAUGAUCCGAAAAUAUUAUCCGCCGAAACUGGAAUAAGAUUGGGUAUCAGCAACUUUAACAGUACAGACCCAAUACCACCACAGUUUACCAUGAGAUUGAGAGAUCGACGUGUGGAAAUGACUUAUCCCGUUAGACUAACUUGUCAAAUUAUGGGACGUCCAACUCCAAGCAUUAAAUGGUUUAAAGAUAGUUCGGAAAUAGUUCAAAAUGAUCGCCACACAUUUUCCGUUGAUGAUAAUUUUUAUACUCUGGAAAUUAUUAAAACCCAUGCAGAUGAUUCCGGAACCUACAGCAUAUCAGCACAAAACAUUCAUGGUUCAGUUUCGUGCUACUGUAAUUUAGUGGUCGACACGGGUAUAAAGGGAUAUAUCUCUCCCGUUUUUAUCAACCAUUUAGAACCAUCAGAAGGCAAAGUAAAAGAAGGUGACGAAUUCAGAUUAUCUGGUCGAGUAGAGGCUUAUCCUGGAGUGGGAUUAACUUGGUAUAAAGACGGAAUUCGGUUGAGACCAUCAAGACGAUUUGUGAUAACUCUAUCUUACGAUGGUACCGUUUUAUUAUCAAUUGGAAGCAUUUCGAAGAAGGAUUCUGGACUUUACACCUGUGUUUGUAGUAAUGAAGUUGGUAGGGCUCAAUCUUCGGCGAGAAUUGAAGUCUUAGAUAAAUCGCUAGAGAUACAAGCCAAACCUGAGUCUAUUCACUCUGAAUUUCCAUACUCAAAAGAACCAAGAUUUUUGAAGAAACCUCGAUCUACAGAAGCACAUGAAGGGGACAAUAUUAUCAUUAUGUGUGAAGUAAUUGGUGAUCCUAAACCAGAUGUGAUGUGGCUUAGAGAUUUCUUAAAACCUGAUUAUUAUCGAGAUGCCGCCCAUUUCUAUCGGAUAGAGAACACACCUGAAUAUAGGCUCCAGAUACCAAAUGCAAAAAUAGACUAUACAGGAACUUAUACCAUUUACGCCAAAAAUUGUCAUGGAGAUGCCAAAGCAAUUAUAUCAUUACAAAUAAAAGUAAAAGACUCAAAACCUCCUGAAAAAGGAAUAGGAAAAUCAAAAAUUGCCGAUAUUCAAACGUUCCCGAAAAUUGUUAAAGACUUAAGUAGUAUUCGAUGUUGUGACGGUGACUCAGCUACUCUUGAAUGUCGAGUAUUCGCUACCCCCUUACCUGAUAUUCGUUGGGAGAGAAGUGGAAAGUUGCUGCAUUUAGGAGGUGAUUUUCUGGGCGAAUUCGAUGGAGAAACUGCAAGAUUGGUAAUAAAGCGAGUAUAUCCCGAAGAUGAAGGAGAAUAUACCUGUGUAGUUUAUAAUGAAUUGGGAAAAGCUUCUACGUCGGCGUGUUUGAUUGUUGAUUUACCUGAAGAAAAGGAAAACCUCGUCAGUCAACAAUUGAAGCGCCCUACAGGCUUCUCUGACGUAUCAACUUCAAAUUCGACUUCAAAUUCUACAUAUACCAGACCAAUAACAACUUCACCUCUUUAUAGAGAAAGACGUGUAACAGACUGUAGAUCCAGCAGAAUACGGGCAACACCCCCAAAAUUUUAUGCGUAUCCGCAUAACAGAGUAGCUGAACAGGGAGAAACAGUAAGAUUUCAAAGCGCAGUUGCCGGAUAUCCCGAUCCAUGGGUAACAUGGGAAAAAGACGGAGUACCGAUAGUACCUUCUACAAGACUGAGAAUUACAGAAAGAGAUGAUCUAAGAACUUUGGAAAUUACAGAUGUUAUUCCAAGUGAUUCGGGUGUUUACAAAAUAAUUUUGGAGAACGAUUUAGGCCGUGUAGAAACAUCAGCAAAACUAGAUGUUAUUGGUCAUCGAAUUCAAUCAUUAAGAGGUAUAAGAGCUAGAAGUUUGUCACCAAAACCCGCUCCCUAUUAUUCAAAGAGUUUUACAAGAGCGAGUAGCAAACCUUCGUUACAUUCCGACUAUAAAUCUUCAUUGUGCAAUUUAAGAAAAUAUAAAUACGAAAUAUUGGACAAUUUGGAAACGAAUGAUUGUGAGAGCUUAAUUAAUAAUAAUGAUAUAGAAUCGAAUAUGUCGAAAGAAAAAAGUUUAGUUCGUAAUGGAGAGAACGACGACUAUAUGCGACCGGAAAUUUUGAAGAGCCUUCCGAAGAAUUUAUACAUUUCCCAAAGUGGGCAAGCUGUUUUAGAGCUGGAUAUAAUUGGAGCUGAGCCUUUAGAUGUGGUUUGGAUGAAAGAUGGCUGUAUUUUGCCUAAUUGCUCUGAUUUUCAGCAAAUAAAUGAAAAUGGAAGGAUAAAACUCGUCUUACCUAACGUUAAUAAGCAUGAUGAUGGAAAUUAUAGGUGUGAAAUUUAUAAUUUGUAUGGAGAUGCAUUUUCAACGUGCCAUUUAAUAGUAGAAGAUAGAUGUUCAAAAAAAUCUGUUCAUAUACAACCGUCAUGUAUUUUCCCCGUUAGAGGAACACUAACAUCUGAACCAAACAAAUUCAAGGUAGAGGAAGACGGUGACGCGAACAUUUUUCACGUCGUGGGGGCGACGAGAUCAGAUGCAAGUCCGAGCAAUUCUUCGCAAUUUAACAGCAGUAUCGAAAGUGUUUCAUCACAACCCGCAGUACCGUCGAUUGCGAUAGCGCGGCGUACCAAAAAUCUCGCGAGUUUCGGUCGAGAGUGCGGUAGUGAUAGUGGAGUAGGCUCUAUGGAGGAAACUGUGCAAAUCGAAGGAACGCCGCCGGUACUUCUUAGAGGACCUCAGGAUACUACAGCACUUGUAGGAGAUCGAGUACUCCUUAAGGCAACUUACACGGGAUAUCCGGAACCCAUAGUAAAGUGGACUAAAGCGGGCCGAGAGCUAAAAAAUGACGAAUGUACGAGCAUAACAUCCGGUGACGGUGUUUCCUGUUUGCUGUUACAGAACAUCACAGCUGACGACAGUGGAAAAUAUGAUGUGUCUGUCACAAAUGUACAUGGAAAGGAUUCCAACUAUGCUUCUGUUGCAGUUGAAGGACCACCGGAUCCUCCAAGUGGCACCCCUUGUAUAACAACAUCAUCGGAUAACGUUACCUUAACCUGGAGUAGCUCCCCAUAUGAUGGCGGUAAAAUAGUUAAUGGAUAUGCUGUAGAAUACUCAAUGGUGGGCAGUGAUAUUUGGACGACUGCCGUCGAAGAAUGUCAUUCUCUUAGCUAUGUUGUCAGAGGAUUACAGCCGGGAGGACGGUAUGUUUUCAGGAUACGAGCUAUUAACGUACAUGGAUACAGUCGACCUAGUCUUGAAUCGGAUAUAGUACAAUUAGAAGAGCACAAUGAGUGUAGUUAUUUCAAACCUAGAAUAGUGUCGGUAGAACCAGGUCCUGAAUUUAAGACUCGUUACGAAGUCUUGGAAGAAUUAGGAAAAGGACGAUAUGGAGUUGUACAUAAAGUUAUUGACAAAGAAACAAAUCAAAAACUGGCCGCUAAAUUUAUUAAGUGUAGAACUUCCAAAGAUAGAGAUAAGGUACAGGACGAAAUUGAUAUAAUGAAUCUCCUCAGACACCAAAAACUUUUACAAUUAGCUGCCGCUUUCGAAAAUCCCCGGGACAUGAUAAUGGUCAUGGAAUACAUAUCUGGUGGUGAGCUUUUUGAGAGAGUGGUGGCGGACGACUUCACGCUUACAGAAAAAGACUGCAUUUUAUUUAUGAGACAAAUAUGCGAAGGUGUAGCAUAUAUGCAUUCGCAAAACAUCGUUCAUUUAGAUCUGAAACCCGAAAAUAUUAUGUGUCAUACAAGAACUUCUCAUGAGAUAAAGAUAAUUGAUUUUGGAUUAGCUCAGAAAAUCGAUCCUAAGCAACCAAUAAGGGUAUUAUUCGGCACGCCGGAAUUCAUACCACCCGAAAUAAUCGGUUACGAACCAAUAGGAGUUGAGUCUGACAUGUGGUCUAUAGGAGUAAUAUGUUAUGUACUAUUAUCGGGACUUUCCCCGUUUAUGGGUGACAACGAUUCUGAAACGUUUACAAAUAUCACACGUGCCGACUAUGAUUUCGAAGACGAAGCUUUCAAUACGGUAUCUCAAAAUGCGAGGGAUUUUAUUGGAGCUUUAUUAGUGAAAAGAAAAGAAGAUCGCUUGUCUGCCGAACAAUGCUUAAAACAUAUAUGGCUCGAUCCGGAAACUCAUCAACAGACUGUCAUUUUGUGUACAGACAAGCUGAAGAAAUUCAUAAUUCGUCGUAAAUGGCAAAAGACUGGCAAUGCUAUCAGAGCUCUUGGCAGAAUGGCAACUCUAUCCGCUAGUAGAAGGAAUUCUGCUAACUCUACGCCUAACACCCCCAGAUCAUCGAUUUCGGGAAAUUCCAUUCCUCGAAUGUCAAGCGUAAACGAAGAAGAUAACAAUAUUAAUAGUAUCGAAAAAAAUACUAUCGGAAGUGAAGCUGAAGAUUAUCUAACGAAAAUUAAUCAGUUAAUCCGAGAAGAAAGUAAAGAGGAGAAUUGUCAUGAAAACGAAUUAAUAGAAAUUACUAAUAAAAUUUCAAUAGAUAAUCAGGAGACUAUCGAAGGAAAUAUAGAAUUUUCGAAGGAUAUAUGUUUUCCUUUGAAGACAAUCGAAGAUCUUAAAAACGAAAGUAGUAAGGCUGUAAAAUCGAGAUCAUGUAGUGAUCGAAGUGAUAGUGGUAUAAGUGAUUGUUCGAGUUUUCUUACUAGUUCUAGUUCUACACCACGCUUAAGUAAAAAACUUUGCAUCAACGAAGAAAAUGAAAGUGACACCGAUGAACAAGUUUAUAGUUCAUCGAAAAUGUUAAUUAUUAAAAAUUACAAAAAUAAAUUCGAUAAUGAGAAAGUCGAAAGUAUAAGAGAAACAGACGAUUGUGAUAAAGAAGGAAGUGAUUCAGAGAUUAAAAAACCGGUUACAAGUUUUAGAUUGAAUAAGAAAAUUGAGAAUUUAACUAACCAGACAUCGAUUAAAGCCAAAACCCAAAAUGCGUCGAGCAGCUUAAAACGACUUCCAAUAUAUACCUCUAGAACCGUAGCGGGUACGAUAAAAAAAUUCGAUCAACCCGAUACGACCGACAAUGUUCCAUCAGCCUCUACCUAUGACAACGGAAUCGCAGUUAAAUUUUCAGAUAAAAGUCAUACCCCUCGUAGAUCUAGAGUAGAACAAAUGAAAGAAAAAUUCACUAACAACGACAAAGUUAACAAUUUAUCGGCCGGUUUACCAACGGUACGAUAUAGAAGCCCUUCACCAGCCGUAUUGAAGAAAACACAGGCUAUUAUAGCUAAAGAACAAAAUAACGAUUACUAUGUUGGUAAACAUGGAAAAAUUGAGCUUGAUCAAUCUAUUUCCCUACCGAAAUCACCCGCGUUGAAUACGAAAGAUAAACCAAAAAGUGACAGCUUCAAAAAAGCCGCCGCUUUUUGGAAUUCUCCAAAUACCUAAAGUAAAAAUAAUAAUACUAGAUAUUAAGUUAUUUCUCAUUUUGCCAAAAAUAUUCAUAACUUCGUUUGUAAGUAAGAUAGAAAAUAUUCUUUGAGUAAUUUCUAGUACUCCUAAAAAUCUCUGUACGAACAAAAAGUUACCGAGUUUCAAUUCAAAUAAAUGCAUUAAGUCAAUAGUUCCCAUCACUGUGAUGUAAUUUUUUUAGCGUAUAAAGAAGUUCUUUGUACUUUUUAAUCCAAAUGCUCUCUUUAAAAGCUCAUAUUCAUUGCCUUAAAAUGAGAAGUGGAAAAUCACAUUUUAUGGUGAAAGUGCAAGAAAGAAAGUUCUGAAGACUCGAGUAGUGUUCAGUUCUGGUGUGAUGUAGUGCUGCCAGAAUGCUAACAGUCUCAUUAGUAAAACUAAUCGCCUAACCUAACCUCAACUAACCUAUGUGAGGUUAGGUUAGUUUAGACACUAAACUGAAUUGAUUCCUACACGGCACAGUCUUCAGAAUUAUCAUUCUCGCAUCCUCACUAUAAAACGUGAUUUUCUGAAACCUCGAAAAGAGUUGUACUUUGCUUGAAAAGUACAAAGAACUUCUUUUUAAGGUAAAAACAUUAUAGCACAGUGAUGGGAAGUAUUUUUCUGUGAUCCCGGAACUCUUACUUGACAGACCUUUCAAGUUGAUGUUCAGACAAACAGGAAAUUGGUGGUAGUUGUGUUCUUUUUCAACAAAUUAUCAGUUUAAUAUCAAAAAAGCAGAGACAACAAAAAAUUAUUCAACAGAAAUUGUGAGUUGUGUAACAGAAUAUAUAAUUUAUUACCAACAAUUAUCUCCAAUUUCCCCUUCUAUCGAUACAUCCACAUAAAAAUAUAGAUCUGAAAAUAUUUAAAUCUUCUGAAGCCAGAUUAUAAUUUUGGAAAGGAGGUAUACCAAAAGUAUGAAGUGGAAUACCUCUUUGUGUAUAACUUAAUUUCUUAGAUUUCAUUUUUUUGAUGUGUUUUUUGUUUCUAAAUAAUGUACAUAGUGUUUUAUCUAUACCAAAUAAGUGCCUUUAAAGAUAGAUAAAAUAAUGUAUAUAUUUUAGUCCGGUCAAUUUAGACAUUCGAAGUUACAUAAAUUCCCAACAAGCUAAAAAUCAGUAAAAUAGUUUCAAAUAUAAUUAAAAAUAAAAUUUGAAAGUUCCACAUCGUUCCCGUGUAGGGAAAAAAUUUUAUUCAAAGUCAAAUGUAAAAAAAUAAGUUUUUCGUGAUUUUCAGGAAAAUUGUAAGUUUUAUUAUAAAAAUACCUUUAACAAAAAUUGUAGAUCAUAAAAUCAUCUACAAAAAUCGUAUCAAUAUUUUUUUCCUACGAGUCACCGUUUCUGAUAUAUAAUGCUUCAAAAAGUUGUAAACGUCAUAAAUGCAAAUGUUUCCGCUCCACCUAUGAGGUAGUGUACUUACCGCGUUUUUUUAACGUGGUUUCCUCGGUAGGCCUAUUCUACGGGUCUGUUGUGAUAAUGUUUAAUUUGAAACUAUUGCAAAACAAUGGAAAUUGGCAGAGAUACAAGCGAUUUAAAUUAAAAAAAGUUGUCGAAUUAAAUCAUCCGAGUCAUCCGUCAGAUUCUUCUUCUUCUUCACCUAUAUGCAUGGAAAUUGCGUACAUAGCGAUGUAUCGCAAGUCGCAUUCUUUGGAAUCAACCGGAUCCUCAACUGUUGGUGAUGCAAUAUUAGAGCACGAUCGGUCUUGACAAGGUGUACAUGCCAGAGAACAGAACUUUUUGCAACCACAUUUAGCACUGCAUAACUUUUUGCAGUUGAAAAAAUUGUGUUCACGUAGGUGGGAUUAAAGUUUGAACCGCUUCUAAUGUAUUGUUGACCAACUUCCAACCCCAGUCUGUAGGAUCUAGCUGAUAACCAAGCCACACUUGAACUUGGUAAUAGAUCAGCUGUAAACACUGAGCAUAUCCAAUACUGCAGCAAAAGAAGGGGACACACUAGAUCAUUGUAUACGACACUCUGAGCUUUAUAUAACCACACCAAACGCUCGGCUUAACUUCAAACAAGUCACAGCGCGCGUUAGCGACAAAGCGGAGAUGGUUAGAACAGUCUUAGCACCACUAAUGCCCAACGUAGGAGGUUUAAAGCAGAAAAAGAAGAACCUACUUUCAUCUGUUGUAACCUUUGUACUCACUUAUGGCAUUCCAAUAUGGGCUGAUGCAUAAUUUUCUACAAAAAAAGUUCUCCAGUCAUUUUUUCAUUGGAGCCACUAUUUCUGAUAAAUAUCCUUCAAGAGCAACUGCUCUAACUCUUGGAAAACUACUUCGUUUUCAAAAAAUCAAAAUAGAUCUUGAUGUUUAAUAUCUCCAUUUUCUAUUCGGGUAAGCUAGCAUAAUUUGAGACUUGGAAAAUUUGAGGUAUUUUUAUGAUAUAACUUACCGUUUGAAUCAUGAAAAACUCAUUUUUUUGACCUUUGACCUUGAAUAAAAUUUUUUCCAUACACAGGAAUGAUGGGGACCUUUCAAAUUUCAUAUUUAAUCAUAUUUUCUUCUUGGUGAAAAUUUAUGUAGCUUUACUCUUAAUGUUUAGUCUAAUUUGACCGGACUAUUUACAGAUUUAUUUUUGUGUUAAUGAAUGAACUGUUAUACCCUCCAAUAUUUAUGAUUGUAUGUAAAUAUAUUAGACGUUUGAUUUAAUAAAAAAACGGUCACUGUUC